GGCUUUGCCGGAGGCGCCGGCCCCGUGCGGAGGGAUGCCUGCCCCAUCCCGCUCUGGGCACGCAGGAGCCAGGGCUGCAGCCAGGGGCUCCUCGCGUCCUGCACCCACUGCCCGGAGCCCCGGCCAGCCCCUCCGGGCAGGGCAGGGCCGGCCAGCAGCCCAGGGGUUAAGGUGGCGAGGAACGGUUCAGGUUACUUCCCUUGGAGCCUAAGGAGGAAACUUUCCUCCCGCUGGCUGGCCGAGCUUGCAGAGCAGAGACACGGGAGAGCCAGGCAGGGUGCAGGCAGGGAUGCAGCAGGCAGGAGUCGCAGGGCACGUUGCACCCCGGGGCUGAGCACACCAAGGGCAGGCCGGCGCCCGGGAGCGAACCCAGGAGUCCUGGCCCGCAGCCCGCGCCCGUCCCCGCAGCGCCGGUGCCUCCCGGUGCAAGCCCAGCGCUGCAGCCAGGCGGGGAGGCAGGUGCGCGGAGAGCGCGGCGCCGGGGGCCGUCCCCCCCCCCGAGCCUCAUGGCCAUUUAAUACUUCACCCAUUAACCUGGACUAAUAAACCUCGUGGGAGCAAGAGGCUAAAAGCUGUGCCAGGCGGGCAGAGCCUCCUUCCCCAGCGCUGCUCCCGCAGUGCCACCAUGGCGGCAGGCUUCUUCAUCAGCAAGAGCGUCGGCAUCGUGGCCAUCGUGCUGGCCCUGGGGGCCGUGGCCACCAUCAUCGCGCUCUCCGUGGUGUACGCGCAGGAGAAGAACAAGACCUCGGAGCCUGCCACCCCCUCCACCACCACCACCACCACCGCUUCCACCACCACCGCCCCCAACAACCUCUGGAACCAGUGGAGACUGCCCACGACGCUGAAGCCGGAGAGCUACGAGGUGACCCUGAGGCCCUUCCUGAAGCCCAAUAACAACCAGAUGUACAUCUUCACGGGCAACAGCACUGUGGUCUUCGUCUGCGAGGAGCCCACCGACAUCAUCCUCAUCCACAGCAACAAGCUGAACUACACCAUGCAGGGGGCCUUCCACACCUCACUGCAGGCAGUGAAUGGCUCUAGCCCACCUGCCAUCACCAAGACCUGGCUGGAGACCACCACCCAGUACCUGGUGGUGCAGCUGGCAGCACAGCUGCAGAAGGGCCACUACUACAGGCUCUUCAGCAUCUUCACCGGGGAGCUGGCCGAUGACCUGGCUGGCUUUUAUCGCAGCGAAUAUGUGGAUGGGACGGAGACCAAGGUCGUGGCCACGACUCAGAUGCAGGCAGCCGACGCGCGGAAAGCCUUCCCCUGCUUUGACGAGCCUGCCAUGAAAGCCAACUUCACGGUCACCAUCAUCCACCCGACCGACCACAAGGCGAUUUCCAACAUGCCUGCCAAGAGCACCCGGCAGCAGCAGAUUGACGGGGAGAACUGGAACGUCACCGAGUUCCUGACCACCCCCAAGAUGUCCACCUACCUGCUGGCCUUCAUCGUCAGCCAGUUUGAGAGCGUGGAGAACAACACGGGGAGCAUACAGAUCCGCAUCUGGGGCCGCCCCCAGGCCAUCGCCGAGGGCCAGGGCAGCUACGCACUCCAGGUGACCGGGCCUAUCUUCAGCUUCUUCGAGCGACACUACAACACGCCGUACCCGCUGCCCAAGUCCGACCAGGUUGGCCUCCCGGACUUCAAUGCGGGCGCGAUGGAGAACUGGGGGCUGGUGACCUACCGGGAGAACUCGCUGCUCUACGACAACGCCUUCUCCUCCAUCGGCAACAAGGAGCGGGUGGUGACCGUCAUCGCCCACGAGCUGGCCCACCAGUGGUUCGGGAACCUGGUGACGCUGCGCUGGUGGAACGACCUGUGGCUCAACGAGGGCUUCGCCUCCUACGUGGAGUACCUGGGCGCCGACUCGGCAGAGCCCUCCUGGGGCAUCAAGGACCUCAUGGUGCUCAACGAGCUGUACACGGUGAUGGCGACCGAUGCCCUGGCCACCUCCCACCCGCUCUCCUUCAGCGAGCAGGAGAUCAACACCCCAGCCCAGAUCAGCGAGGUCUUCGACACCAUCGCCUACAGCAAGGGAGCCUCGGUGCUGCGGAUGCUCUCUGACUUCCUCACCGAGGACGUGUUCAAGGAGGGGCUGCAGUCCUACCUCCACACCUUCGCCUACGGAAACACCGUCUACACCGACCUCUGGGCUCAUCUGCAGACGGCUGUCGACAAGAACAACGUCUCCCUGCCCGGCUCUAUCAGCCAAAUCAUGGACCGCUGGACACUGCAGAUGGGCUUCCCCGUCGUCACCGUGAACACACUCGAUGGCACCAUCAGCCAGAGGCACUUCCUCCUGGACCCCACCUCCAAGGUGGACCGACCUUCCUCCUUCAACUACACCUGGAUCGUCCCCAUCACCUGGCAGACGUCCAACAGCACCGAGAAGAAGUACUGGCUGGAGGACGUCUCAGCCACCUACAGCGAGUUCAAGGUGAGCAGCCCCGACUGGCUCCUGCUGAACCUCAGGGUGAGCGGGUACUUCCGCGUCAACUACAACCAGGAGAACUGGGACCAGCUCCUCAACCAGCUCUCCAGGAACCACCUGGCCAUCCCCGUCAUCAACCGGGCCCAGAUCAUCGAUGAUGCCUUCAACCUGGCCAGGGCCGAGUACCUCAGCGUGACGGUGGCCUUGAACACCACGCGGUUCCUGAGCAAGGAGACGGCGUACAUGCCCUGGCAGGCGGCGCUCAACAACCUCGCCUACUUGGAGCUGAUGUUCGACCGCACCGAGGUGUUCGGGGUGAUGACGAGGUACAUCCAGAAGCAGGUGACGCCCCUGUUCCAGCACUACAAGAACGUCACCAACGACUGGGCCGACCUCCCCAGCGGCCUCAUGGACCAGUACAACGAGAUCAAUGCCAUCAGCACCGCCUGCUCCUACGGCAUCUCCGAGUGCCAGCAGCUGGCCACCACCUUGCUUGACGAGUGGCAGAAGAACUCCAGCAACAACCCGAUCCCCCCGAACCUGCGCUCCGCCAUCUACUGCAGCGCGGUGGCCACCGGCGGCGAGAAGACCUGGGACUUCAUCUGGCAGAGGUUCCGCGCGGCCACCGUGGUGUCCGAGGCAGACAAGCUCCGCUCGGCCCUGGCCUGCAGCACUGAGCCCUGGAUCCUCAACAGGUACCUGCAGUACACCAUCGAUCCCACCAAGAUCCGGAAGCAGGACGCCACCUCCACCAUCAACAGCAUCGCCAGGAACGUGGUGGGGCAGCCCCUGGCCUGGGACUUCAUCCGCAGCAACUGGAAGACGCUUUUCGGGCAGUACGGCGGCGGCUCUUUCUCCUUCUCCCGCCUGAUUUCUUCGGUGACCCAGCGGUUUUCGACGGAGUUUGAGCUGCAGCAGCUGGAGCAGUUUAAGGUGGACAACCAGGACACAGGCUUCGGGUCAGGGACGCGCGCGCUGGAGCAGGCGCUGGAGAAGACGAGAGCCAACAUCAACUGGGUGAAGGCGAACAAGCAGACGGUGCUGGCCUGGUUCCAGGGCGAAACGGGCUCUAGCUAACCGCGCGCGGUGCCGCGCCGUGCCGCACCACGCACCUUCCUUCGGGACUGGCCGCCGGGCCGGCCGGGGUGGGAUGGGCUCUGCGGGGACCCACCGACGCUCCCAGACCCCGCCGCCCUCGGCGGCCAGGCCGGACUCUCGCCCGCUCCCGACGUCCCCUACACUCCACCCGCCUCUGCCCCCGGCCUCCGGAUGCUGCAGCCCGGCUGCCCCUGCCACCGCGCUCCUUUGCUGCUCCCGAUGGGAACGCGCCGCUGCCCGUGCAGCCGCCGUUGCCUCCGGCAGUGCCCAGCGCCCGUGUGACGGGCAGAGGAGGGGCUGGACCGCGAAGGCUUGGGGCUGCCGGCGGGGCCCCGCUGCCCCACGGCUGCCGGAGGCCGAGGCGCUGCUGGGCUCCGUGAAGGCCCGUGGGAGGUCUCCGAUGCUGUAAAUAAAAGGCUGCACGUGA